UGAAGGAGUCGGGUAUGCCUUCCCUAAUCUAUAAUUAAUACACGGUUAUUUGAGCCACAACAGACAGCGGGUGCACAAGAGCAAAGUCAAGAGUACUGACCCACACAAAACUAGCAGAAGGAUGGUAUCUUUAACAAGCUGAUAAUACCGGUUCGUUUACAACGUUUCUUUCAACAAAGCACAAGUGUGAUACCCUCAUGGAUAUGGAUAGCAUUGAGGGGUUGAAUGAAGUGCGUCCUGCUGUGUACCGCACUGCAAUGAAGCUCCGUUCCUUACAGAAACUCUGCCAUAUGCAUGUUGUGACACUGCGGGAGCUCAUCCCAGCCCUGUGCUCUCUGGGUGGAGCCCGGGACACUGGGGCGGGGCUUAGUGAACAGGAAGUGAGACAGUGCAUAAACAGAAUGUUCCAAAGCGUGUCACAGGAAGUACCUGGUCAGGUGUCGGCAGAGGCGCCAGAACAGACUUGCAGACUGCUGUACAGACUGUUUGACCGGGGACAGACUGGCGCUGUCUGUCGCAGGUCAGUUGAAGCCGCUCUCAUCUCUCUCUCAGCAGACACACUCUCAGCCAAACAUAAGGCUCUGGUUCGUCUGGCAGAGAGGUGCAGUGGGAGAGAGAGCGGCACGGUGAGCAGGAGUGGUCUCAGAGUCGUACUGCAAGACCUCAGCCAGGUGCCGGCUGUAGUGCAGGAGAACCAUGUGUUUGGCUCAGCUGAGACAGCUGUUCGUUCCUGCUUUAGUGGGGUGCUGAGUGCGUGUGUUUGUGAGGAGCACGUCCUCUCAUGGCUGCAGUGUGAGCCCUGCCUGUUGCUGUGGCUCCCCACCCUGUACCGCCUGUCAGUCAGCGAGAACGUCACACACUCCGUACGCUGCCACACCUGCAAGGCCUACCCCAUCACUGGACUUAGGUAUCGCUGUAUGAAGUGUGUGAACCUUCAUCUGUGCCAAACCUGCUUCCUGACAGAGAGACACACAAAAAAACACAAGAGCUCCCACCCAGUGCUGGAGCACUGCACCCAGCCAUCCUGGAAAGAAUCCCUAGCCUCAUUAGCAUACAGCGCCCGCCACGCCUUAUUACCACGGCGAUACACACACAGGGAGGCAGAGAGGAGAAGGUGCCUAAUCAGGGCGGAGUCACGAGGGGAGCCACAGACCAGCUUCACCACCCCUGACCCUUCACCUCAGUCUGCCGCUGAGGACAGAGCCCCUCCCACUAAUCCUCCCCAACUGCUGGCUACACCCCCAGCUGUUCGGCCCAGGAAGGCAUCUAAAGCCCUGCAAACUGAGGAAGAGCAGGAGGAAGCACAGCCACAGAGAAGAGACUCUGUCUUCAUUAAGGACAUCAAGGACCUGCAGAGGGACAAACGGCUGCUGGAGAGGGAGCUGCAGGUGUGGAGGGUAACGGUUCAGUCAGAGCAGGGCUCGCUGGAGUACCGCUGCUCUGAGAUGGAGGCCAACAUGGAGACUCUGAGACAACACAACCUCAGACUGCAGGACAUGAUGUCACAGGCUCUUAGCAUGUCAGGGACACAUGCUGACAUCAUGCCUCAUGCUAAUGUCAUCCCACAUGCUAAAUACAGGCCAGAGAGAGACAUAGCCUGUCCUGUAGAGUCCCAGAGCUCUGCAUCUUCUUCUGGAUCCAGAGAAAGAGAAGAGGAGGAGGAGGAGGAGGAGAGGGAAGAGGAGGAUGAACGUUGCACAGCAAAGAUGCAGAGGAAUGAGAUGAAGACAGAAGAACAGAGAGGUGAUGAUGAUGAAGAGGAGGAGCAGACUGAGACUGACUCAGUCACAGAGACUCAUACUCCCACAAUUACCUCUAACCCACAGCCCUGUGAUGGGCAGGUCACUGGGCCAAUGAAAGACCAGAGUGUCUCUGAAGAGGAGUAUUCUGGGAUGUGUAGUUUAGCGGAGGAGGAGCGACUGUGUGAGCUGGUGCAACGACUAAUAAGUGAGCUGUCGCUACACACUUACACACAUACAGACUGCAGACGGGAGUUGCUGGAGGCUGCAGAGGAAGUGGGGGACUCGGUGUGUCAUCUCGUCUAUGCAGUGAACACACACUCCGUCCCCAACACACACACUUCAUGCCCCAUCCUCCUACACAACCACAGGCCAGUAUGUAUCCAGAAGGCUUCUCUAGACUUUGACGCCUGAUGAUGUGAGUUAUUGUGUACUUUCCUGAUAUUUGUAUGUAGCACAGUUGUACUGAAAUGAUUCUGCUCUUUCAUUAGAGAAACCUAUGACAAAAUGUUUUAAU